AUGGAGUUCCAAUAUUCCUCCACCUCCUCCUCUGCCGCGAUAACAAUUCUCUCAACAUUCUGCUUCUUGUCCUCCAUCCUAAUCCUUCUCCUCCUCCGCCACCAAACCAAGAACGACAACAACAGGAAACACAAGUUCCCGCCGGGGAGUCGAGGGUGGCCGGUGAUCGGCGACAGCUUCAGCUGGUACAAUGCGGUGGCGGGGUCCCACCCUCCGGCGUUCGUGGAGCGGCAGGUUUCGCGGUUCGGGAAGAUCUUCUCCUGCAGCCUGUUCGGACGGUGGGCCGUCGUGUCGGCCGACCCCGGGUUCAACCGGCUCGUGCUGCUCAACGAAGGCAGGCUGUUCAAGUCCAGCUACCCGAAGUCGUUCCGAGAUCUGGUCGGAGAGAACGGCAUCGUCAUCGCUCAGGGCGAGCAGCAGAGGAAGCUCCACGGGAUUGCCUCCAGCAUGAUGCGCGUGGAGAAGAAGAAGCUCGAUUCGGUUCUCUUGGAGGAGAUUCAGUCGGUGGUGAUUCGGACUCUCGGUCGGCUCGUCGAGGGUCCGGUGGUUUGCCUGCAAGAUGUUUGUAGAAAGGUCGCUAUGAACGCUGUGGCUAUCAAUCUGAUGGUGAAUCAACUGUUCGGCAUAUCGACGGAGGAAGAAGUGAAUGAAAUGGCGGAGCUGUUCUCAGUUUUUGUUGAUGGCUGUCUCUCCGUUCCUGUCAAUAUCCCUGGUUUUGCUUACCACAGUGGAAUGAAGGCGCGGGAGAAAAUCACAAGCAAGAUCAACACGAUAGUGGAGAAAAGCAGAGAAGCGAAAAGGGAGAAUGAGAGUGAGACGGGGACUGGUUUGCUGGGGAGGGUAUUGAAGGAAGGAAGCAUAGAAGAUGAUGCAAUCUCUGACUUCAUAAUCAACCUUCUGUUCGCUGGAAACGAAACGACGGCCAAGACUAUGGUCGUCGCCGUUUACUUCCUCAGUCGCUGCCCGAAAGCAAUGCAACAACUACUGGAGGAACAUGAUGGACUGAGAAGCAACGAGAUGCUCACUUGGGAAGAUUAUAAAGCCAUGCCCUUCACUCAGUGUGUGAUUGAUGAGACGCUUCGAAUUGGCGGAAUAGCAAUCUGGUUGUUUAGGGAGGCCAUAGAAGAUGUAGCAUAUGAAGAUUACAUUAUUCCAAAAGGAUGCUUGGUGGUUCCAUUUCUAGCGGCCGUUCACUUGGAUGAAAAUUUAUACGAGGGAGCAGUCAAUUUCAAUCCAUGGAGAUGGAUGGAUCCUCAAAACCAGGACAAGAGAAACUGGAGGAGUAGCCCAUGUUUCACUCCAUUUGGCGGAGGAGCUCGGUUUUGCCCAGGGGCAGAGUUGGCUCGUCUACAAAUUGCACUCUUCCUGCAUUACUUUGUCACCACUUACAGGUGGACUCAGGUUAAGGAAGAUAGGAUGUCAUUCUUCCCCUCUGCUCGUCUCGUCAACGGCUUCCAGAUUCGCUUGAGUCGAAGAAGACAGCAAGAAGAAGAAGAAUCCAAACUCGACUCACAACCCUAUUAAUUUUAAGGUCUCACGACAUCAUGUUUCCUUGCAAUACAAGAAAUUGGAGAAAUGAUGAAACAAUCAUACUAGUCUUACACUUAGUUUUUUCCAUUUCUCCUACGUAAUCUUCUUAUACUAUACAUCAUUAGUUUGUCUUGCAAAGCAAAGUUUCAAUAGUAACAUGCCAAAAGGAAGUAUUGUUUCUUUAAAUAGAUGUUUCCAAAUGUCAUGCAUAUAGAACAAAUAAGGAAGGAGACUCUGUAUCUAAAUUCAUCUGAACAUACACAUUCAGCAGAUGUAUGAGAGAUUUUUAAGCUUACACGAGCACUGCAGGUUUCAAGCUUCUGCUAUCCCUAUGGAAGCACGUUUGGACUAUUAGUAUAUACAGCAAGAUAAUUGCAGAAUCUUCUCCUUUUUGAGGAAUCGACUUCCAAGUUCUUAGCCCUUGUAUGUUGAUACCAUACCUUGAAUAUCAAACAGCACUACACAAUCUUAUCCUUGUCGCCAAGGCGUCGCUUCUCUUCCUCAACUUGUUCCAGCAAUGCCGCUAUCUCUGCUUCGGUCAAACUGUCCAACCGUUUCUCCAUGACUUUGUAUUCAUAGUCACGCAGCUGCUUUGCGUAUGUCAUUUCCUUGUUGGAGACUCUGAAGAUAUAACUGAAUAUCCAUCCAACAGUCAGUCCCAAAACCAAUAGCACUUCAACAACAUUCCCUGCCUGUAAGCUAUCAACUCCAACAUACCUCUAAUCCACUUUUCAUGCCGUAGCCUAGUAGGGUGAGUCCAACUCCAAUGAGUAUCACAUCCUUCCUGGUGUACCCAAAAGGGGUCU